AAUCUCAUGGUACCGUACCGGUACCGGUACCCUAAGUGCGUUGUCAGAUCACGGUUCAUAAGGGUGAUACGGUACCGGUACCGGUACCAUACCGGUAAAAGUCACAUAUUUCUGUACCUAUUUAUCCCUGGACACCGUACCGGUAGGUACCGGUAACGACAGAACGAGAUGAGGUACGGUACCGGUACUGUACUACCGGUACUUGGUCUUUUGGCAUUUUUUUGUUAAACUUUCUUAGGCUGCCAUCUCUCAUUUACCAGUAUUCGUUAUCGAGUAGACUACCGGUAAAAGUUCCAUACCGGUAUAUAUCCCUGGACACCGUAGGUACCGGUAACGACAGAACGAGAUGAGUUACGUUACCGUACUUGGUCUUUUGGCAUUUUUUGUUAAACUUUCUGAGGUUGCCAUCUCUUAUUUACCAGUAUUUGUUAUCGAGUACGGUACCGGUAUUGGUCCUUCAUCCCUAGAUAUGAUUUUUUAUAUUUACUUUAUUUGUCUAAGUGCAAACAUUUCCGCAGCCCAAAUCCAACCCGUUGGACGACUUAAUCCAGUAAUCUUUUUGUUUUUAUAACACUUUAAAUAAAAUUUUGUUUCUGAAGUAAAACUUUUUACGCCACACAUGCGAGAUGCGACAUGGCCCGCCAGUCUAGGUGCGCAAAAUUUUUGCUCGCGGUCCGAGAACUUUGCCCAACUCUUGCUCUAGUUCAUAUUUUCAGCUUUGUUGAGAAAUAAAUUACUGAUUUCUGAAUAAUAUCUAUUUUGUUUUAAAAUUCAAUGGAAUUAUAUUGGGUAUAUAUUAAUAUGAUUUAUUUUCAGUGUAUAGGCCUAUGCUAUGUAAGCUUACCCAACCAACCUCAAUUAAGUGUUAUUAUAUUUUAAAGUGAAUUGGAAAGUAGACCGCUAGCAAAAAAGAUUCGGGCGACUGGGCGAAGCCCAUCUCUGUACAAUGACUGCCAAAUGUGCAUGCAACUGUGCAAUGCCCAGCGACUCUAAAAGCAUGAAGUAUUGUACGACACAUUCUUUACAAAUAUUUGGACAUAUUUUGUGCCCCAUGACAAUGGACUGGAAAAUUCACCUGCUUCAAUUCCCUCUUUUACGCAAUCAUACACUGUGUCAUUUCAAGCAUCUCAAUGUUUCAAUGCCCAAAACAGAGAUCAAGCCAUGCUACAAGCUACGGCAUCUGCAACUUUCCACUGAUUAUAGUGUGGACUCGGACAUAAUGGAAUUGAUGAAAUUCAUUGUCGAUUCAUUGUCUGAUUACAUUUUGAUCCAGAAUACAUUCAAGGAUGAAAAAAUGGCUCAAGAAUUAAUGAAAGAAAAAAAAACUCCCAAGUACAAAUGCUGAAGCAGAAUUCAUACUCCAUGGACAUCCAACACAUAAGAUUUGAAGGAAAGAAAAAAAAAAUUUCUGCCUGCGGGUAUACCAACAUCAGUCAAUG